GGAGGAGGAAGAGGACGGAGCCGCCGAGGACGGGAGGAUGAAGGCGCCUGAGUGCCUCUGUCAGAUUUGCACCUGCGGAUUUUAGACCGCUGGGAGAAAGGAGAGCCACGCCAGAUCUUAGAAGUUCAAGCUAAAGCUCAGAUCUAGCCUUCUAAAACUGCUUUCAGAGGAAGGUUUGACACAAUAUGUAAAAGUAAAAGAGAGGAAGGAAGAGAAGGAGAAAGAGGAGGGAGAAAGAGAAAGGAAGCAGGCAGGAUGAUGGCGGGUUGACCUUCUGAUAACAUAAUUCGUCAUAUCUGAAACCAUAAAUCAUCCUUUGACAACUCCAGGAGAACCAGCAACCAGAGACAGAGGCGUCAUCAUUGCCCUCACAAUCCCACAAGGAUCUAUGAUCAUGGAGGAGAAACAAGCCUCAUGACGGAAUAUGUAGAUAAAUUCCCUCUCUACGGAGAUGUCCGGCCAGCCCAGAGCCUCAAGCCCAAGCAGGAAUAUCAGCCCUAUGGAGGGAAAAUGGAAAGCAUCACAACUUUCAAGUCUGACUACCUUCCAUAUGACGUGACCAGUCGCCCGGUUCGGGUGCAAGAGGAAUACAAACCCGCAGCCGGGGAGAUUGAUCUGGGUACCACUUACCGGAGAGAUUAUAACGCCCUCAAAGUACAACCCGUCAUCCUGGUAAAGCCGAUCGAGAGGAAGUAUGUCAGAGGAGGCAAACUGGACACCAUACCCACUUACCAAGCUGAUUACAGGGCCUGGGAAAUUCAAAGAAGGGAACCCUAUAAAGUAGAGAACACCUACCAUCCUCCAACAGAAAAGUUUGGAAACAGCACGACCUUCCAGGAUGCUUUCGUCCCCAGGGAAUUCACCCUCCAAAAAAGCUUUAAGCCGACGGUAACAACCAGGCUUUCAGACCAACCUUUUACCAACAUUACAAGUCAUCGCAGUGAUUAUGUUCCUCACCAACUGGAAGCCAAACCAAAACGCCUGGUGGAAGAAUAUAAGCCCAACAGCCAACCGUUUGAAAACACAACCACCCACCGGUGUGAUUUCAGAGGGCUUGUUGGCGAACUCCCCAAAAGCUUCAAGCCUGAGCAGACUAGAGUGGAAUCGAAAGCCCAUUUUGAGGGGAGCACUGAGUUCCGCGACCAUUUUCAGCCGUGGGCGGUUUCCUUACCUGAGGUCCGCAAAGAGAAAGAGUACGUCCCACCCACGGGGAGCAUGGAUUUGAACACCACCAGCCACCUGGAUUAUAUUCAACACAGCAUCCACCCAGUUGUCCUCAUGAAGCCGUUGGACAAGAGCCGGAGAAACAAGGCCCCCUUUGAAGGAAGGACGACCAUGAGGGACGCCUUUCAAGCCUGGGACACCUGUCGGCCAGAAAUCGUCAAGAAGACCCAGGAAAUUUCAAAGCCGUCCGGGAAAUUUGAUGGCAUGACCACUUUCAGAGCUCAUUAUGUACCGUACAAUGUAGCCCCGCAGAAGAGCUGGAAACCCCCAAAGGUGGCCGUGGCAAACUCAGCCCCUUUUGAAAACAAAACCAUGUACCGUACAGAAUAUACCCCGAAGAAAGUAGAGAUCUGUCCAGCAACCUAUACGUCUCCUCCAGGAUACGUCUACGUCAGCACCGAUUCUCGCGGUCACAAAUUCUUCCGCAGAGUUACACCAGGUGCCCAGUCAGUUGUCCUGGCCAAUGGUAAUCAUGUUCCAAAAGAAAUAGCCGUCAUGUCAUAGCUCCUAUUUCUAGUUGGCUGGCUCAUAAGCAUGCUGAGAAGUAUCAGGGAGCAGGCAGACAACGACAGGAGCCCUCAACGUUCUAAAUCACACAGAUUUUAUUUUCUUUUUAAUGGAGAUCUGAAAAAAAUUCUAAACAUUUACUGGAUUAGCAGUGAAAACUAGGGUUUGUAAUGUGUGUCAGUAUAUCAAUGGAAUCUGUUGCCUUUAAAUGAAUCAGGAGGUGUGUGUUCAUUUUAACAUGGUGGUCAUUUCCAGCUGUACCAGGAAAAUUCAUUUCCCUGUAAAGACCACUGAAUUCUAUGAUUUAAAUGUGAUGAUACCUAUUUUAAAUCAACUUAUCCUAGCCCACUUCCUAGUAACAUGCUCAGAAAAGCAGUCAUAGCUGUAUAAGAGCUCACGAAUUAAUUCCUGGCAUUUUCACUUCAAGAAUCUCAUAUAGAAGGAUCCAUUUCAAGGGUCUUAUGUUUUCCUGAGAUGCUGGAGAGGAACUGUUUGUCUCACACACACACACAGCUCGAGUGGGCUGCUUCCAUACAAAAAUGCAGAAAAACGUCUGGGUUGGUUGCUGCAUGGAGCCAACAUCACUAAACCUGAUGAUGAUGCAGGAGUCCAGCCGUUUACACGAAAGGCAGUGAAAUGUCUAAAUUAAAUACCCAACAUUUCUUAUUUGGAGGCAAUAAUGUCUUUCCUUUGGCCAGGGCCGAAGAAGAUUUUUCUCAGGUUAUUUCACAAAGCUAGCUAAAACUUAUACUGUACAGUCAAAUAUGUUUUUUUUUCCUGCUCCCUUUGGAAUGCUCUGUUACAUCUCAUAUAACAUAAUAGCCUUUCCCCCAGUGGUCGUGAAAGGGCCAGUGACCCAUUUUUUAUUUGCUUUGGGAUGUAGUUUAAAUUCUGGUGAAGGUGCCACCUCUGGGUAUACGUGUCAACCAGUGGGUUACACACAAAAAGACCAUUGAUAGAUGGCUGUUGAAAGGUGAAGCAAGCCAUGCAAGCUUAUUUCACAGUGAUAGGGCAUCUCUUUAUAGUGGCAGUGAAUCCUUCUGUUGGUGAACUGGAAGAAGGGAAAGAUGUCUUAUUUCCCACAGGCUUUUAGAGUCUCAGGAAUCUUACCCAACAGUGACUCAGGGAAGAGUCAAAUGAUGUUUACAUUUCACUUCCUCUUUUUUUGCGGGGGGGGGAACCUCCACAUUUUUCAUCCGUUUUGGGAGGCUUUCUUUGCCAAUAUUAAUGACCACUUCAGAUCUCAUAGCCCUAGAUGUUCUUUAGGUACAAACGCCUUGGAACUGUGUUUUGAGACAUCUACCCUUUUAAAAGUCUGUCUGUACAUCACAUUGACUUGCCGUUGCCGAGAAAAGGCUUCUCGGGGGUGGGGUGGGGGCUACAGCCAGAAUCCAGCUGUGUCCUUUUGCUGCCUUCUGCUGCUUAUGGGAGAACCUGCAUUCUCCCGCCCUCUUGGACCCCCCCCCGUGUGCUGGGAAAUCCUUUGGAGGAGGAGGGGUCUGCGGCAGGAGAGGAAGGGGAGGGGAAUCCGGUUCUUUUGGAGUUUGAUGCAAAGGGACACAACGACAUUGCGAUUUGGCCCAGUUGUACAAUGUAUUGUGAGACCAGCCCUGUUCAGCUUUGUCACGAUUUGUGUGCAACUGAAGGCCAGAGUUGAUACAUUUAUUUGCUAAUUUCCUCAACUAUUUGUAUACUGCUUUUAAAGCGUAAUGGUCUUCCCUUGGAUGGACAGUGGAGUUACAGGCAGGUGUAGUACCCCUGUCCCUGUUCUCAGUGCGGUCCAGUUUAUCCAGCCACGGCAUCAGCCCAUUCCUGGCUGUGUUCUUCUGGACCCUAGUGGCAACGGGUAGGAGGGUGCGGCAUAGAUGUUUUCCCCAAGUCCCCUUUCCCCAGUCCGCUGGGGGAAGCCCACUGCAGAUUAUAUUUAUCCGUUUUACCUUG